CUGGGCUGAGAGGGGAGGGGUUGGCGGCGGCGGCCCAGGCGGCGUCGGUAUUUCCGCGAUCUGGACGGUGCGUGGCGGCGCGGGUGGCCACGGGAGAAGUAGGUAGGGACCGCCGUGCGGAGCCAUUGAGACUUCUUCCCUCCCGUGUCAGAGAGCCGCAGCCCCCCGCGCGGGUGGCGGACCCUGGGGACGCCAGGUCACCCUGCGGCCCCUACCCACCCGCCGCGCUUCAGGAAUAAUGGUUAUGAAAGCUUCUGUAGACGAUGAUGAUUCAGGAUGGGAGCUCAGUAUACCAGAAAAGAUGGAAAAAAGCAAUACAAACUGGGUGGACAUAACCCAAGAUUUUGAAGAAGCUUGUCGAGAAUUAAAGUUGGGAGAACUGCUUCAUGAUAAGCUAUUUGGUCUUUUUGAAGCUAUGUCAGCCAUUGAAAUGAUGGAUCCCAAGAUGGAUGCUGGCAUGAUUGGAAACCAAGUUAAUCGAAAAGUUCUCAAUUUUGAACAAGCUAUCAAGGAUGGCACCAUUAAAAUUAAAGACCUCACCUUGCCUGAAUUGAUAGGGAUAAUGGAUACAUGUUUUUGCUGUUUGAUAACAUGGUUAGAAGGCCAUUCCUUGGCACAGACAGUAUUUACGUGCCUUUACAUUCAUAAUCCAGACUUUAUAGAAGAUCCUGCCAUGAAAGCUUUUGCUCUGGGUAUCUUGAAAAUCUGUGACAUUGCAAGGGAAAAAGUAAAUAAAGCUGCUGUUUUUGAAGAGGAAGAUUUUCAGUCAAUGACUUAUGGAUUUAAAAUGGCCAACAGUGUGACAGAUCUUCGAGUUACAGGCAUGCUAAAAGAUGUGGAGGAUGACAUGCAAAGAAGAGUAAAGAGUACUCGAAGUCGACAGGGAGAAGAAAGAGAUCCAGAAGUUGAACUAGAACACCAACAAUGUUUAGCAGUAUUCAGCAGAGUGAAAUUUACUCGAGUGUUAUUGACAGUGCUUAUAGCCUUCACUAAGAAAGAGACCAGUGCUGUUGCAGAAGCUCAAAAAUUGAUGGUUCAAGCAGCAGAUCUUCUUUCUGCCAUUCAUAAUUCAUUGCAUCAUGGCAUCCAGGCCCAGAAUGAUACUACAAAAGGAGAUCAUCCCAUUAUGAUGGGUUUUGAGCCUCUUGUUAACCAGAGACUACUUCCACCCACCUUCCCUCGAUACGCAAAAAUAAUAAAGAGGGAAGAAAUGGUCAACUAUUUUGCAAGAUUAAUAGAUAGAAUAAAAACAGUCUGUGAGGUGGUCAAUUUAACAAAUUUACAUUGUAUCCUGGAUUUUUUCUGUGAAUUUAGUGAACAAUCACCUUGUGUUCUUUCAAGAUCUCUAUUACAAACCACUUUCCUGGUGGAUAACAAAAAGGUCUUUGGAACCCAUCUCAUGCAAGACAUGGUGAAAGAUGCACUUCGGUCUUUUGUCAGUCCUCCGGUGCUCUCCCCAAAGUGCUGCCUAUAUAAUAAUCACCAGGCUAAGGACUGUAUUGAUUCCUUUGUUACUCACUGUGUUCGGCCAUUCUGUAGUCUUAUUCAGAUCCAUGGACAUAACAGGGCUCGACAGAGAGAUAAGCUCGGUCAUAUUCUUGAGGAAUUUGCCACCUUGCAGGAUGAGGCAGAGAAGGUUGAUGCAGCCCUUCACACUAUGCUGUUGAAACAGGAGCCCCAAAGGCAACAUUUGGCUUGUUUAGGUACCUGGGUCCUUUACCAUAACCUUCGAAUUAUGAUACAGUAUCUUCUAAGUGGCUUUGAAUUGGAACUCUACAGCAUGCACGAGUACUAUUACAUAUAUUGGUAUCUCUCUGAAUUCCUUUAUGCAUGGUUGAUGUCAACAUUAAGUCGUGCCGAUGGCUCUCAGAUGGCAGAGGAAAGGAUAAUGGAAGAGCAGCAGAAAGGCCGUAGUAGUAAAAAAACAAAAAAAAAGAAGAAAGUUCGCCCAUUGAGCCGAGAGAUCACAAUGAGCCAGGCAUAUCAGAAUAUGUGUGCUGGAAUGUUUAAAACCAUGGUAGCAUUUGACAUGGAUGGCAAAGUACGAAAACCCAAGUUUGAGCUCGAUAGUGAACAAGUUCGAUAUGAGCACAGAUUUGCUCCAUUCAACAGUGUAAUGACACCACCACCAGUGCACUAUCUGCAGUUCAAGGAAAUGUCUGACCUCAAUAAAUAUAGCCCUCCUCCUCAGUCUCCAGAACUGUAUGUAGCAGCUAGUAAGCACUUUCAGCAGGCAAAAAUGAUAUUGGAAAAUAUCCCAAACCCAGACCAUGAGGUCAAUAGAAUUUUAAAGGUUGCCAAACCCAACUUUGUGGUUGUGAAGUUAUUGGCAGGAGGACACAAGAAGGAAUCUAAGGUUCCUCCUGAAUUUGAUUUCUCUGCUCACAAAUAUUUUCCUGUUGUGAAACUUGUUUGAAAGAGAGGCUGAAAAGGUGACCAAAGAGGUGGAGUCUACUUUCAGAUUCUACUCUUAGAGGAUCUAUCCAUCAGUCUUACCACAUAACAUGCAGUGAGACGGAUUUCUUGGGUGACAACCCAUUAUAAGGAAUACUUUUAAUUUGACAGCCUUACAUGACGUGAAUGAAAACUGCUGUUUUAAAGUGGUUUAUUAUGUUCCAUGGAUGAAACUGGUCUUAUUGAAUGCAUUGAUGAACGUUAUAUGGUUUUAUUACAGAUUUACU